AUGAAAGCUGAGUGCAGCGGCGAGGCCACACCCCGGCGCCGCGACCGGGCCGGACCAGUCAAGAUGGCCCUGGCGGUAGCAAUGCGCGUCCUGACGCGCAUCCUCCUCUGCCUGUGGACUCGGCCGGUGGCCGGUGGCGGGGACGGCGCGCGGCGCUUCGCGAGCCAGCGGGUGCUGGUGGAGCCGGACCCGUCUGCAGGGGUCACUGUACUGAAGCUCAAGAGCCCCCCAGUGAACAGCCUCAGCCUCGAGCUGCUGACAGAGUUAGUCAUCAGUCUGGAGAAACUGGAGCAUGACAAGACCUUCCAAGGCAUCCUCCUGACUUCGGACUGCCCUGGGGUCUUCUCAGCUGGCCUGGACCUGACGGAGUUGUGUGGAAAGAACCCAGCCCACUACGCGGAGUUUUGGAAGGCUAUGCAGGAGAUGUGGCUGCGACUCUACCUGUCUAACUUGGUGCUGAUUGCCGCCAUCAAUGGAGCCUGCCCAGCCGGAGUCUGCCUAUCUCUCACCUGCAAUUACCGGGUGCUGGCUGACAACCCCAAGUACCUCAUGGGGCUGAAUGCGACCCUGCUGGGCAUCAUCAUCCCCUUCUGGUUAAAAGACACCCUCAUAAACACCAUCAGGCACUGUGCCACCGAGUGUGCCCUGCAGCUGGGGUUGCUCCUCCCACUGGCAGAGGCCCUCCACAUGGGCAUGGUGGACCGUGUACCUGAGGACCAAGUGCUGAGCACAGUGCUCUCGGUGAUGGCCCAGUGGAUGGCCAUUCCAGAUCACACUCGACAGCUGACCAAGAACAUGAUGCAAAAGCCCACUGCAGACCACCUGCUGAAGCAGCGUGACACUGACAUCCAGUACAUCGUCAGCGUCAUCUCCAGGGACUCCAUCCAGAAGUCCCUGAAGACCUACUUAGAAAAACUCAAGUGA